CUUUAGCAGUUCCAUGAACUACGUUUACUCACUUGCUACCAGUUCAUCCGCCGUCCCCUUUAAAUAUGUGGUUCGUAAAUGUAACUUUAAAUCCAGAUAGCAAGCGAAACUGUUUGCAGGGAAAUAUUGACGCGGGCCAGAUUUACCUGACAGGAAUACAUCGUGUAUAGAAGAAAUGAUUAGGGAUUUGACGUGCUUCUCAUUUCCUUCCCCGGCGAAUCACACACGAUGAUCCAGUCCGGGCUUUGCCUUGCACCAUGCUCCUUUGGUCUGAGAACAUCCAGAGACGGAGGGGUUUUUAUUCCGGGAUCUCUCUAUUACUCUGAGGUCUUAGUCUCAGCCUGUCCGAGUGAACUUCACAGACCGAGCACACAUUGGGAUUUCAUGCACACACAGGAUCCAUGAGGGUGGCCUCUGGUCGCAGUUCUGCAUUAUCCAGACUAUAUCGGUCGAGGAGAUAUAGAGGACUUCUUGCCUUUUUUUUCUAAGCAAACCGUUCUCAGACAAUAUAUACAUGCACAAACACCGUAACCAACGGCCGGGGGGCAUAUAGUGGAGAUCAGCGAGCGCUGCCUGGAGAAAUCGCCUUCGUCUCUCGGAACUGUUUGGACUUUACCAGGGAGUUCGUCAGGGUUUGGGCUGGGAAAAAAAAAAAGUGGAUUUUCAAGAUUAAUCUGCACACACCAUGUCCUGGAUUAUUGCUGUUGUGGCGGGGCUUUUCAGCUUGACUGUGCUUUAUGAUUCGGUUGUGGCUGAUGCGAAGGGUCGAACCUGUUCUGAGGUGAGACAAGCGUACGGUGCGAAGGGAUUCAGCCUCAGUAACAUCCCCUACCAAGAGAUCUCGGGGGAGCACCUGCAGAUAUGUGCACAAGGUUAUACAUGCUGCACUUCGGAAAUGGAGGACAGGUUGAGCCAGCAGAGCAAACUGGAGUUUGAAAAUAUGGUGGAAGAAACAAGUCAUUUUCUCCGCACAACAUUUGUUUCCAGACAUAAGAAGUUUGAUGAGUUUUUCAGAGAACUCUUGGAAAAUUCAGAGAAGUCUUUCAAUGAAAUGUUUAUAAAGACUUAUGGCCAACUCUACAUGAAGAAUUCCGAGGUGUUCCAAGAUCUCUUCACAGAACUAAAACGGUACUACAUAGGUGGCAAUGUAAACCUGGAAGAAUUGCUCAAUGAUUUUUGGGCCCAUUUGCUGGAACGAAUGUUCAAGCUGGUAAACCCCCAAUACCAUUUCACAGAGGACUACCUUGAAUGCAUCAGCAAAUACACUGAACAGCUCAAGCCAUUUGGAGACGUGCCUCGAAAGCUAAAAAUACAGGUGACAAGGGCCUUUAUUGCAGCUCGGACCUUUGUGCAGGGGUUGACUGUUGGCAGAGAAGUUGCCAACAGAGUAUCAAAGGUCAUUCCAGCAUUAGGGUGCAUCCGUGCUCUGAUGAAGAUGAUGUACUGUCCCUACUGCCGUGGAGUCCCCACAGUGAAACCUUGCAGCAACUACUGCCUUAACGUAAUGAAGGGCUGCCUGGCUAAUCAGGCUGAUUUGGACACAGAAUGGAAUCUUUUUAUUGAUGCAAUGCUAUUAGUAGUAGAAAGGUUGGAAGGGCCUUUCCACAUUGAGGAAGUAAUGGAUCCAAUUGAUGUGAAGAUUUCUGACGCCAUCAUGAAUAUGCAAGAGAAUAGUAUGCAAGUGUCAGCUAAGGUUUUUCAAGGAUGUGGGCAGCCUAAACCAAGGCCAGCUGGACGUUCAACACGUUCCGUUUCAGAUAAUUUUAAUAUAAGGUUUAGGCCCUACAGUCCAGAGGAACGCCCGACAACUGCAGCUGGCACAAGCUUGGACAGAUUGGUUCCUGAUAUUAAGGAGAAACUGAAGAUGGUGAAGAAGUUCUGGUCCACUCUGCCUUACACACUCUGUAAUAUUGAUAAAGUGACAUCUAGUGUGUCUGAUGAAGAAGAAUGCUGGAAUGGACACACCAAAGGCAGGUACUUGCCUGAAGUUAUGAAUGACGGUCUGACUAAUCAGAUUAACAACCCAGAAGUAGAGGUGGAUAUCACUAGACCGGACACAAUGAUUCGCCAGCAAAUCAUGGCGCUUCGAGUGAUGACUAACAAACUAAGAAAUGCUUAUAAUGGAAAUGAUGUAAACUUCCAAGAUUCAGUUGAAGAGGCAAGUGGCUCGGGCAGUGGUAGUGGCUGCAUCGAUGAAAUGUGUCCUCAGGACUUGGACUUCUCAACCACUGAGGCUCCACCAGGGCCCAAGAAGAAUGAGCCUAUAGGCUCCGCAGCAGUCGGACCCUGCCUGCAUUGGCUGACCAUAUUUGGCACCUUUCUACUCCUGGUACUACAAAGACAGUGGAGAUAAUCAGUGGCAUGCAAUAGAGACACUAAAGGACAAGCACCAUUUUCCUUUUGGAUAUGUCCAUCAAACACACAGCUCCAUCUUGGAACCGUACCAGUUUUAAAGCAGAAAGGAAUACUGCAGCCUGCUGCCAUUUUACCCAAAGACACCAGGUGCCAUUCAGGUACAGUCUACCAGUGCAAGAUUGCUUUAUCCUCACUCAGACCUCACAUAAAAAGAAACGGUUACUUGACUGUCAUUGGGAUUAUUUCCAGAUUCAUCUUCCUUUCUGCUUAUGUUAUGCAUCAAAUAAUAAUGACCUUCUAUAAAGAAAUUUGGUUUAAGUAAGAUUUUAAUAUCUACGUUCUACCUUUACAGUUACCACAAAGUUAAAAUAUGCUGCAAAAUGUCCUGGAUAAUAUGUUUAUCUAUCGUAUCUCUACAGUGACUUAUCAAUGAACAAUGAAGUUCAGUUACGGCAGUAGCUAAAUGAUUCAUGAAUGCUGGUAGUUUAAUAGCACAGUUCGCCUCAUCCAUCUAAUAACUGUAUUCAGUUGUCCCCGUAGAAAACAUGAACAAAGAAGAUUGGUGGUCAUGUGCAUUUAAAAUUAGCUAUAAACAAUGGGAAUAUUUGGAGUAUUGUGGAACGUACAGAACAAGCAACUACACAAACAUUAGUCAUCACAAUUGCGCACAGGUGAAAGAUAUAUGUUUUCGAAUGAAGACCGAUAGGAUUUACUAAUGUAUAAGUAAUAAGAAGAUGAGUCAUGCUGUUAAUCACAACAGAAGAAAGAUUCAGGAAGAUUAUGAGCUCUGACCUUCGUGUUGAAGUGUAUGAUUAGCUUCUCUUACCUGAAUUUUUGCUACUGAUUUUGAUUGUGAGAAGGGUCAUACUAGUGUGCCUAAUUUUCCCACAUGCUCCUCCAUUUGCUUGUUGCUCCAUGUCUUCUUAAUAAGAUCCCUAAAAGGUUAGAAUCCUGCAAAGUGCUAGGAUAAGCCAUUUGAGAAACUCCAAAAAGAAAGUGAAUCUAUAAUUUUAUUUUCAAUUUUUCAUUCUGGCACUAGUCAUCUGUUGCUACAUCAAAACAUAAAUAAUUCAAAGUAUUAGCUCAGGGUUCAAAUGUGAUUGCAUUAUCUGCAUGUUAUUAUAUCACCAAUGCUCAGCACAAGGACAGCCCCGGAACAUUUAAAUUGUUGAAACACCAGUUUUCAAUGCAAUUGUGAAUGGCUAUUGUGUGCACCACUCCCAUCGAACAAGAGUGCCUGACAUUUGCAUGGGUUUAUUCUACAUUCUGUGACAGAGGUACAUCUGUAAUAAUGAGUAGACAACUUCAGUACCUAUUAUGUGGUCGGAAUAAGAAUUCUGGAGCUAUGAAGUCACGGCAUUAAAGAUAAAAAUAAAAAUGUAUGCCCUUCAGUACUUUGAACACAUUAUGGAGCGUUCACAAUGUUCCUGAUGUGAAGUUGAUAACCUAGCUUGGGGAAAAUGUGCUGAACCAAAGAACAUUUUUAAAGUCAGAUUAUUCUGAACAUAAUUGCAUUUUACUUACUUCAAAAACAAAUUAAAGAUGGUGCAAUUAAGUGGUAUUUUUGUGGGUAAACUAUGAUCAUUAAUUCAUUAAUCUCCUGAAUGCAUCUGCAGUCAUUCUCCUGGAACAAUUCUGGAUAUAUUUUAUGGAGCUCCAUUAUUGUGCUAUGAAAUUUAAGAAUAAAAUGAAACAGGGCAUUUCACUCAUUGUACCUGCACCAUACAUUUAAAGUUUUCCAUUAUUUCCACUCCUUUCUUUCCCAAUAGCCCUGCACAUAUUUAUUGUCCGAGUACAAUUCUAUUCUGAAGUUACUAUUGAUGUUUGUCCCAUUACCCUUUUGGAUAGUCUAUUCCUAAUUAUUAAAACUAAUUUUCACCAGCUUUGUCAGUUACAUUAAAUCUUUGUUCCAUCAGUACAGACCUUGCUGUGAGUGGAAAGAGUAAACAGAAAUUUCAUUGAAUUAAUGAAACCAAAUUUCAAAAGCACAAUGUAUCACAUAUAUAUCCCACUAUAACAUGAUUAAUGCUAUCAGACUAAGCAUUCAGCACGUAUGACCAAGGGUAAAUUUCUACCCUAGUUUUGCCAUAUAUUUACUGUCAAAAUCUUUCACAAUAUUGAACUUUUAAUAAGCAUUUUUUCCAGCCAUGGAGCAAAUGGAUUUAAAUAUUGUGAUUCAAACAAUGCUUCUAUUUUUAAAAAAAAGCUAUAUAAUCCUAUUAUUCAAAUACAUAAAUACAGUAAAUCAUACUUGCAGCCUAAAUUUGGAUGGCAUCAUAGUUGGGUACAGUUCAAUCAUGGGUGGAUGAGGCCAAGAACAUAAUUGGUAUAAUAGCCUAUUACAUACUUAGUUACUAAAUUCUAUCUUUAAAACAUAGCCAAAAGGGAAAAAUUACCUGGUAAAUCCAGUGAGAUGGAUACUUUUGGGUGUGGAUUUCCUUCUGUGCAUUGGAUUCAGUGAUUUAAUUGGAUUUAUUUAAAGCAGUCAUAUUCCAAAUUUGACAAUAAAAUGAUUUGGAAAUGCCCAUCUCCUGUGAGACUUGCAAUUAAAAAAAAUCAAAUAUCGGGUGACAAAUUGAAUUCCAAUUAACACUUUAUGAUAAAUUGAACAAUUGAAUCAAAACUAAGGCUGGAAAGAGUAAUAGCUUGGUGAAUAUACAAUAAUAUAUGAAGUGGAAUUUUGGAAAAAGAACCAUCCAAUUUUUAAGAUUGAUUACUAGAACAUUGAGAACAAAUCAAGAAAUAAUAGUAGGCAAAUGUUUCCUAAACUGUUUUUCUUUCCUGUGCUCUUGGAAAUGUAGAAUGGCAGCAAGUUUAAGCAUUAUGUGGGAUAAAAGUUUAGAAAUUUAUCAGCAAUCACUUGUUGUAUUCCAUUUAUAUCCUUUAUUAAUAUCCAUUAUUAUUUAACAAUAAGCAAAUGACAUUCCAUAUCCUAAGUUUUUUUUUAAUGGAAACAACUUUUUAAUGGAAAUACCUUUUUAAAUUGACUUAAUUAGACAUACUUCUGAUUUAUUUAAAAAUAAAAAUUAACCUUUUAUUGAAUUUUUUUUGCAUUCUUAAAACAUGGACCAUAAAAUAGUACAGCACAGUUAUGGGCCCUUCAGCCCCCAAUGUUUGUGUUGAACAUGAUGCCAAAUUAAACUCAUCUCAUGUGCCUCCACAUGAUCUAUAUCCCAUCUACUCUCUGCAUUUCCAUAUGCCUGUCCAAAACCCUCUUAAACACCACUACCAUUCCCCCUACCACCUCUGGCAAUGCCGUCCAGGCCCCCAGCACUCUCUGUGUAAAAAUCUUGCCCUGCACAUCUCCAUUAAAGUUUUCUCUUCUCACUUUAUUCCAUCUAAUAUUGGACAUUUUCCACCUUGGGAAAAAGAUUCUGACUCUCUACCCUAUCUAUGCCUCUCAUAAUUGUAUACACUUAAUCAUAGAGACAUUUGUGUAAACGUGUUGUCCCUCAGGUUCUUAUUAAAUCUUUCCUCAUCACCUUAAAGCUAGGUCCUCUGGUUCUUGAUCCCCUACUCUGGCUAAAAGACUCUGUACAUUUGCCCUAUCUAUUCCCCUGAUGAUCUCAUACUCAUCGAUAAGAUCACUCCUCAUCCUCCUGCUCUCCAAGGAAUAAAGUCCUAACCUGCUCCACUUCUCCCUUUAGCCCAGGCCCUCAAGUCCUGGCAACAUGAUCAUAUAUCUUCUCUACACUCUUUCCAGCUUAACAACAUAUUUCCUAUAACAGGGUGACCAAAACUGACCACAACACUCCAAAUGUGGCCUAACUAAUGUUUUGUACAGCUAUAACCUAACCUUCCAACUUCUAUACUCAAUACUCUGAUGGUGAAGGCCAAUGUGCCAAUGUGCCAAUGGCCUUCUCGACCAUCCUAUCUACCCGUGACUCCACUUUCAAGGAAUUAUGUACCUGCACUCCUAAAUCCCUCUGCUGUACAACACUCACCAGCACUCUACCAUUCACUAUGUAGGUCUUCCCCUGUUAAAUUUCCCAAAAUGCAACACCUCACACUUAUCUUGGCUAUCAUUGCUAUCUACAAUACCACCCACUUUAGUGUCAUCUGCAAACAUACUAAUCAUGCCUUGUAUGUUUUCAUCCAAACCAUUGAUAUAGAUGACAAACAACAAUGGGCCCAGCACCGAAGCCUGAUGUACACUACUAGUUAAAGGCCUCCAGUCCGAAAAACAUCCUUCCACCAUCACCAUCUUUCUUUCAUGAAGCCAAUUUCCUACCCAGGUGGCUAGCUCUCAUUGGAUGCCAUGAUCCAACCUUCCAGAGCAAUCUACCAAGCUGAAUCUGGUCAAAUGCCUUGCUGAAAUCCACAUAUACAAGCACAACUCUCCCCUCAUCAACUUUUUUGGUUACAUCUCCAAAAAACUCAAUCAAGGUUCAUGAGACAUGAUCUCUUAUGUACAAAACUGAGCUGACUUUCCCUAAUCAGCCCCUGUCUAUCUAAAUUCAUGUAUAUCUUAUCAGCCAGAGUACUCUCUAGUAACUUUCCGACCACAGAUGUUACGACACACUGGCCUGUAGAUUUGAGGCUUUCUCUUGUAGCCCUUUGUAAAGAAGACCACAACAUUUUCCACCCUCUUGUCUUCAAUAGAGGAACAUCAUUUGCCACCAUCCAGUCUUCAAGUCUUUCCUCAAUGUUCCAGAGAAAACAAUCCAGGUCUGUCUAGCCUCUCCCUGUUGCUGAAACCCUCUAUUUCAGGCAGCAUUCUGUUAAACUUCAUCUACACUAUCUCCAAAGCCACAUCUUUCCAGUAAUGGGGAAACCAGAACUACACGCAAUACUCUAAAUGAUCUUCUGAGAUCAAUGGGAGCAUUGAUCCAUGGUGUCUAGUUUAGUUUGGUUUAUAGAUAACCACACACUAACGCUAUCCUACACAGACUAGGGACAAUUUACACUUAUACCAAGUCAAUCAAUCUACAAACCUGUACGUCUUUGGAGUGUGGGAGGAAACCGGAGAUCCCGGAGAAAACCCACGCAGGUCACGGGGAAAAGGUACAAAUUCCAUAUAGACAGCACCCAUAGUCAGAAUCGAACCCGGGUCUCUGGCGCUAUGAGGUAGCAAAUCUAUUGCUGUGCCACUGUAUCCACGUUUCGAUUUUCUAGUAUACAGUUUUUAUAUUUUCAUCAGCACAGAAUAAUUUAAAUUGUUUUUAAGAGCAGGCUAAGUUCUCAUUUGCACAGAACAGAAGUUUGAUGGUUCCAUUGUUUUUGUGACCACUCAUGAAAACUGCUGGGCACACCACUUCACUAUUAUUAACAUACAAUUUUCUAUUUAUUUUAGGGGCAAAAAGUAGUGUUAAUAUGUCUUUGUAUAUGAACACACACAGAAAGAUUCUUUAUUAUUUGUAGCAAAAGCAGAACAAAUUAUGAGCAGGUUUUCAAUUUCAACAAAAUCUUUACUACAGUUUAUUGCCAUUCAAGAUCUAACUUAAAAUUCAUUAAUAUGAGGGAAAUUGGCUGUCCUAUAUUCAAAUAUGUGUAAUGUCUAUGUCCAAAUUAGCUAUUGAAAUAAAUAGCCUGGUUUUGUACCCAAAAACAAUUAUAAUAUUGAAAAACUAACAGAAAGACCGAUAAAUCAAACAGACCUGAAAGGAAUUAAUAUGUAAGGUGGAAGUAGCAUUUUUACUGUACAAGUUAUUCCUUAGGUAACACCUGUUCUGAGAAUCCAUUAUCUACACUAGCUAUUUGUUUUUUUCAUUACUUAUGGUUAAAGGUUUGUCAAAGCAUUAAUUGUGAAGGAUGUAGUCUUUAUUCCUUCAAAUGAAGACACCAACAGUAAACAUAAUGUUCUUCACUUUGCAACAAAGUAAUGGAAUGUGAUGGUUUCAAAGGCGACACAGGUUGAUUGGGCUCAUGAAUGCUGUGCUAUCCUUUUGGAUUUUUGUAAAGCGUUCUGUGAGAACAAAAAUCAAUGUUGAGACCAAAGCCUUUGAACUUUCAUCCUUCAGUAUAUUAGGCUCAACAUAUAAAGUCAAAUGUGUAUGUCUUUACACGCUAUGCAGGUAGUGGUAUAGUCUGAGAACAUAGUGCAAUUUUUAGUUAUUUCACAUUGUCAUUAGCGGUAAAAUACCUCUCUUCACUUUUCUCAUUGAUAAAGUUGAUAUGAGUAGGAAGCUCUUUUCCGUGCCUUAUACUCAAAUCAAUGUUUUCAGUAAUUUUGUUUUUAACUAAUAAUGUUCUGCCAUAUUACUAAAUACAAAUGUUUUGACAUAAACUUGCUUGUAAUCUCCAUUUGGUCACAUAUUAGCCUUAAUUUUCUAAAUACUUCCUUGAACACUCAGGAAGAUUGAUAUUUAUCAAGAUCUAUAAUAUUUCUAAAAUUAAAGUUUAGUAUGCAUUGUAUUACAUCAUCAUCAACUAAUCAUGAUGCAGAAACUAGGUCAUAUGAUCUAUAGUUAUUCUAUGAUGGUGAGUGAACAGCCUUAGGUUGAUGAUGUUUUAAUUUGUUUACAGUGCACAAACUGUCAUAUGACCAUGUAACAUUAUGUGAUAUGAUAUGUUAUUUUCUGGUAUCAAAUAGUCAAAUAAAGGAUCCUAUCAUUUCAA